CGCUCACCCUCCUCUCAAGAUGGUGGUGGCCACCAUCUCCAUCAGAAGCGACUUCCUCCUUCCAUCGACAACAUCUCUCCACCACCGCCACCGAAAGCAUCAGACGCGCUGCCCCUCCCUCUUUACCUAACAAACGCCAUUUUUUUCACGCUUUUCUUCUCCGUAGCCUACUACCUCCUCUACCGUUGGCGUGACAAGAUCCGUAACUCUACGCCACUCCAUGUCGUUACUUUCCCCGAAAUCGCCGCCAUUAUUUCCCUAACGGCUUCCUUUAUUUACCUUUUAGGUUUUUUUGGAAUCGAUUUCGUUCAAUCAUUCAUCACGCGCUCUUCGCAUGACGCGUGGGAGUUAGAAGGUUCCGAUAAUCCUAAUUUCCUCAUCAACAAAGAUCAACGCCCUGUUACUUUCCCUCCUGCCGCAAGUAUCGAUCCCAUUCCCAAACUACCCAAUCCUGAGACAAUAAUUACACCUUUAGCCUCCGUAGAAGAUGAAGAAAUCGUAAAGUCUGUCACAGAAGGAACACUACCUUCCUAUUCGCUUGAAACAAAGCUCGGUGAUUGUAAACGAGCGGUUGUGAUUCGACGGGAGGCGUUACAGAGGACGACAGGGAGAUCCUUAGAGGGUUUACCUAUUGAAGGAUUUGAUUAUGACUCGAUUUUAGGACAGUGCUGCGAAAUGCCGGUGGGAUACGUACAGAUCCCGGUGGGGAUUGCCGGCCCUUUGUCGCUAAACGGGAUGGAGUAUAUGGUCCCAAUGGCGACGACGGAGGGUUGUUUGGUGGCGAGUACGAACAGAGGGUGUAAGGCGAUUUACGCUUCAGGUGGGGCUAGCAGUGUAUUGUACGCGGAUGGAAUGACUAGAGCUCCUGUUGUUAGAUUCGAGACGGCGAAACGAGCCUCGGAAUUGAAGUUGUUCUUGGAGGAUCCUGAUAAUUUUGAUACUCUGUCCAUUGUUUUUAACAGGUCAAGUAGGUUUGGGAGGCUUCAAGGAAUUCAAUGCGCUAUGGCUGGAAAGAAUCUUUAUAUCAGAUUUAAAUGCAGUACUGGGGAUGCAAUGGGGAUGAACAUGGUCUCCAAAGGGGUUCAGAAUGUGCUUGAUUUCCUUCAGGCUGAUUUCCCUGACAUGGAAGUUAUUGGCAUCUCUGGUAAUUAUUGUUCGGACAAGAAACCUGCGGCUGUAAACUGGAUUGGUGGACGUGGAAAAUCUGUUGUUUGCGAGGCAAUUAUCAAGGAAGAGAUAAUAAAGAAGGUGUUGAAAACAAGUGUAGCUUCCCUUGUGGAGCUCAACAUGCUCAAGAAUCUUGCUGGUUCUGCUAUUGCUGGUGCUCUUGGUGGAUUUAAUGCCCAUGCCAGCAAUAUUGUCUCUGCUAUCUUCAUAGCCACUGGCCAGGAUCCUGCACAGAAUGUUGAGAGUUCUAACUGCAUUACCAUGAUGGAAGCUGUCAAUGAUGGAAAGGAUCUUCACAUCUCUGUGACUAUGCCUAGCAUUGAGGUGGGUACAGUUGGGGGUGGAACUCAACUUGCAUCUCAGUCUGCUUGCCUGAACUUACUUGGUGUAAAGGGUGCGAGCAGAGAGUCAGCUGGCUCCAACUCAGUACUCUUGGCCAACAUAGUCGCUGGUUCAGUUUUAGCUGGGGAGCUCUCUCUAAUGGCUGCCAUUGCACAAGGGCAACUUGUCAAGAGUCACAUGAAAUACAACAGAUCCAGCAAGGAUUUAUCCACAGUUGCAUCUUAGAGAGAAGGGAGUGGUCCAGCAAUGAAAUUGAAAGGGAAAUAAAAGAGAAACAGCCUGAAAGAUGGAAGAUUGUGGAUUGGGGGGGGGGGAAUCCAAUGCUGUCGGUACCCAUGUGAGAUUUGAUUAGAUCGCACAGUUGUAAAGCUGCUAUUGUUUAAAGUGUGUUUGUUUUUGUUG